CCACAAAGAGAUAGAAGUUAAACUGCAGAAGCAAAGCGAUACCUAUGCAAAGACUUGGCGAUGACCCAGAACUUGCACUUCCUGUUAAAUAGUCUCAAAGCAUAUGAAUAAUUACAUACCUCCUAAUGGUACAAGUUCAGUAAAAGAACCUACUACUAUUGCAGAAAAGGUGGGUUCAGCUUAGAAAAAUUAGGAGCAUGGAGAAGCUUUAUGAUGUAUCAAUGAAAGGUGAUGUUAAGUCCCUUAAAAGAAUCUUUAAUCAAGAUCGUCGCCUUCGUUUUGAAGAUGCAGUAUUAACAAGUUUCCUUAGAACUCCUUUACACAUAGCAGCUAUGCUUGGUCAUAUCAAAUUUGCGAAAGCAGUAUUGGAUAUGAACAGAAAUCUCACAACAGUAAGAGACUCCCAAGGACUUACUCCUCUUCACUUGGCUUCAGCAGCAGGAGAAACUGAGAUGGUGAAGCUGUUGGUAAAGGCGAACAUGGAUGUUUGCACAAUCCAAGAUCAAGAUGGAAGAACACCUAUGCAUCUAGCAGCAAUGAAAAAUGAGGUUAGCAUACUGAAGGUGUUAAUCGAAGGAAGACCAGAAGCUGUUCACUUAAGGACUGAUAAAAAUGAGACCGUACUGCACUAUUGUCUUAAAAACAGCAGUUUUGAGGCGCUAAAGUUUUUGGUUGAAUACCAGAUAGGUGCACAGCCAUUCUUUUUUCCUCGAUUAGGUGCAGAAGCUACAAACAGGAAUGUUAUGUCUGUCAACUCUCGGGACGAUGGCGGCAACACAAUCUUACACAUCGCUGCAGAAACGAGGAACGUGGAGAUUAUGGGAUACUUAGUUGGCAAUAAACAUAUAAAAGUUGAGAUAAACGCCUUGAACAAUAACAGUGACAAAGCCUUAGAUAUGUUAUCACAGUCCGAAAGGAACGAUCUAGAAUUUGAGGUCUCCGGUAGCUGUGGAAACACUAAGAAGCAUAACAAGACAAAAUUACCGAAAAAAGAGGACCGGAAAUGGAUGAUAGAGAGGGUGAAUGCGCUAAUGGUAGUAGCAACGCUGAUAGCAGGAAUCGCUUUUCAAGGUGCUAUGAAUCCACCAGGGGGUGCUUGGCAAGAUGACUAUAAGGUUGAAUUUGGUACCAACCCUAUUGUCUUUGCUGAUUAUUUUGGUGCCAUCUAUAAUUACUCAUUUCACAAAUAUAUUAAUGAAACUACUAUCGAAGAAGGCAGUUUCCUGCAUCUUGUUAUUAAUGAGUUACCAAGUGGAAGGGUUCCAUAUUCCUCGGACGUGAUUAUAAAAGAUGACGAGCGUUUGAGUAAUUAUUCCGACCUCAAUGGUACUGAUGCUUCACCUUUCUACCUCAUGCAUUACGCUGGAACCCCUAUAUUAGCUAGUAAGUACCCAGAUCACUACAUGACUUACAUGGACUGCAACAUAAUUGCUUUUCUAAUAUCUCUGUCCAUAAUCGUCAUGGUCAUAUGUGGGUUGGUGAAUGAUACCAGUCGUGCUCAAGUUCGGCUUCUUGCUAUGUUGAUGUGCAUUUCAAUCGGAUGUAUUACCACUGGUUAUUUAAUUGUCCUCUCUGACCUGAGGCCGGGUUUCCUUAAAGAAUUUCAUUUUGGUGCUACAAUCGUAAUAUUCUUCUUCGUGUGGUCCGCCUUCGCGGUCAGUUAUUUCAUGUGGAUUUUGAUAUAUAAUAUAGCUACUGCACGGAGGAAGUGCCCAGUUGGAGUUAUUCAAUACCUUAAACUGGUUUUCAAUGCAGAUGCAAGGGAUGUGCUGAAGGGGAUUACAUUUAUUUUUGUAAUAUUUAUAAUUUUAUUAAUUGUAAGCAUAUAUAAUAUUUAGGAAAAGUCUUUGUAAACUAGCUCGGUUAGCUGGUAAUAAGGGGUCUCAUACGAAAUCAAAAGAUUUAAUUCAUGUUUAGUACUAUUUGCCUUACAACGUAA